GCUUGAUGGCUUCUCAAGAUCAUGAGGAUGAUGGCAGGAGCGGUCACAAGAUCAGCAGGAACUCCUGCCAGACAUGCAGCCACUGCGACAACUCCUUCCAGAGAUGCAGCCACUGCGACGCCCAUUACUACUGGCAUCAUCUGGAUGAUCGGCGGAAACAUUUCUUCAAGCUCAUGGUUGGCGAUUUCCGGCACGAAAUGGCCGUGCCGGAGAAAUUUACGAACAAUUUCAGAGGCCAGAUCUCUGAAGUUGUCAAACUGGAAGCCCCUGAUGGAAACAUGUACAAUGUUAAUGUUUCCAAGGAUCUGAAUAGGCUUGUCCUCAGAUCUGGAUGGAGUGCAUUUUCCAGCGCUUAUGAACUGAAGCAGGGUGACAUGCUGGUGUUCAGAUAUAGUGGGGACUCUCGUUUCAAGGUCCUGAUCUUUGAUCCAAGUGGAUGUGAGAAAGAAUUUUUCCGCGUCGUCAUGAACACCGGUUGUAGUGUCCAACAAAAGAGCAUUCCUCAUGACCAAUCACCAUCCAGGGAAGGAUUCCAACAAAAGAGCAUUCCUCAUGAACAAUCACCAUCCAGCGAAGGAUUAGCGCGCCAUCGAACCGGUGGAUUGAGCGACACUUGGAAAGCUUCAAAGAUUAACCCAGCAGACUCACCUUCACAGAGAUCAGGUACUAUUGAAUUUGAAAUUAAACAUUGUACAUCUAAAGCUCUUUUUCACUAUUUUUGCUCAUUUCAUGCCUUUACGUUAGGCAUUGCAUUGGCUGAAGAUAUCCCAUCUCCAGAGGACAUUCAGGACCCCUUGAAUUCAGGUGGCCUUCAGACAUCCACCGAGUCGCGCUUCAUCUUAGCAAAGGGGUGCAACCUUACUAGAGCACAGAAUGUCAAAAACAUGAACAAGGCAAAUCUUUCUGAUGGAUUUGCGGUCAUUAGCAAGGAUUACUCUGCCAAUUACCUUCCACAUGAAGAUCAAACACUCAAGAUCUGUCAUCCUCCGGAUUUCAAGAAACGGGAUGCCGAUGGCGCAUAUAUAUUUUCUCCUAGCCGAUCGAGCUUCUUCCGCCACAACGAGUUGCAGGAAGGCGACGUCUGCGCAUUCGAACUAUCGAGGCGUGACCGGAGCAUGACAAUGACAGUGCAUUCUCUCAACGGAAGCUACGAUCCACAAGGCGCUUCAUCGUCGGAGCAUCGAGUAGGCCACCCAGGGUAUAUGGUAACAAAAUUCACAAAUCUAAAUCAGGAGCAGAAGAAGAAGAUCGAAGAGAAACUCCGGGAAAUUCAGUCCGAAACCCCCGUUUUCGUCUCCGUCAAGCGGCGCAGCGGUGCCAGCAUGUGCUUCAGCCAGGACUUCGCCGUGGAGUACCUCCCCCGGGAGGCGCAGACGAUGCGGCUGCGGCGGCCCGGCAUGAGCUGCAGCUGGGAGGCCGAGCUCCAGAUCAACAAGGUGCACCAGCUGUGCAGGGGGUGGAAGCAGUUCGUCGACGACAACGCGCUGCGGCAGGGCGACAUGUGCCUGUUCCAGCCGCUCGACGGCGGGGAGGAGGAGCUGCUCGCCAUGAACGUACACAUCAUCCGCGGAGAUUGAUCACGGCGGUGCGGCUUCUUGUGAUCCUAUUUGCUGCGUGCGUCGGUGCGUGCGAGAACUCCGUGAAGAACUCAACUCUUUGAAAUUUGAAGCUGGGCUUUCUCAAGAAAAGAAAGAAAUUUGCAAUUGGGAAAAGAGAGAAUGGCGCUUGCAUUUUUCACUUUUAGUAGAAACAAAACACUGUGUAUCCAUGUCAAAACCAAAACAAGAUAAGAUUUUUCUCCGGAUCUGGUGACUGAAAUUUUGCUUUCGUCUCGGUCACUUUUAUUAACUGCUGCAACAUCUAUAAAAAAACUACUGCAACAAACAAAAAUACUU